ACACACACUCUCUCUCACACACACGCACCGCCGUCCCUCUCGCCGGCCGGAGUUUCAACGUACCUUACUUUCUCUCUCUACCUUUCACAGUCACAACUAUAAUAUAAUUCAUUUGUUUAAUGCUUAUGCACACUGUUCCUAUCGUGCCGGCCUCUACUUUCUCUCUCUAUAUCUCAACAGCUAUGCAUGUUACAGAUUGUGAAGAACAACAAUUAAUGGCUUCCGGUACCAAAAUGUUGAACAAUAGGCACGUUACGCCACCGCCUGCCGGUAGAAAUGUUUCCGGCGGUGGCGGUGUUUCCGUACGGUCUAAAACGCCGUCGUCUUCCGGCUCUAGACGCUCCGUUACGCCGAAUUCUCGUUCAUUCACUCGUCAGAGUGAUGAUGAUGCAGAAUCUGGAAGAGUGAGAGUUGCGGUUAGACUGCGACCUAAAAACACAGAGGACCUAAGUUCAGAUGCUGAUUAUUUUGACUGUGUUGAACUACAACCUGAGCUUAGGAGGCUGAAGUUGAAGAAAAAUAAUUGGAGUUCUGAGGCUUACAGGUUUGAUGAAGUAUUUACAGAAUCUGCUUCCCAAAUGCGUGUCUAUGAGGCUGUAGCAAAACCUGUAGUUGAGGGUGUGUUGAAUGGGUAUAAUGGAACAAUUAUGGCUUAUGGUCAAACAGGAACUGGCAAAACUUAUACACUUGGGAAUUUGGGGAAGAAUGAUGCAUCUCAGCGAGGAAUUAUGGUUAGGGCUUUGGAGGACAUUAUUUCUAGUGCAUCUCUAGCAAGUGAUAGUGUGGAAAUCUCCUAUCUGCAGAUCUAUAUGGAAUCUGUUCAAGAUUUACUUGCACCAGAAAAAGUAAACAUUCCAAUUGUUGAGGAUCCCAAAAAUGGGGAAGUGGCAGUACCUGGCGCAGCGGUUGUUAAAGUGCAAAACAUGGACCACUUCUUGGGUUUACUGCAAAUUGGAGAAGCAAAUCGUCAUGCAGCAAACACAAAGAUGAACACUGAAUCUUCUCGCAGCCAUGCAAUUCUGAUGGUAUCUUUUAGAAGAAGUGCUAAUGAUAAAGAAAACAACAUAUCUUCUGAUGAUAGAAGUGUGUUAGUUGGUGGUCAUGUGAUACCGACUAUUCGAAAGAGCAAGUUACUUAUUGUUGAUCUUGCAGGAUCUGAGCGUCUAGACAAAUCUGGAAGUGAAGGUCACUUGGUUGAAGAGACAAAAUUUAUCAAUCUCUCUUUAAGCUCGCUUGGGAAAUGUAUAAAUGCAUUGGCUGAAAAUAGCCCUCAUAUACCCACUAGAGAUUCUAAGCUAACGAGACUGCUUCGUGACUCAUUUGGAGGCUCUGCUAGGACCUCUCUAAUAGUAACAAUCGGCCCAUCCUCUCGGCAUCAUACAGAAACCGCAAGCACCGUAAUGUUUGGACAACGGGCCAUGAAAGUAGUAAAUUUGGUAAAGCUGAAAGAAGAGUUUGAUUAUGAGAGCUUGUGCCACAAACUCGAGAAUCAAAUUGAUAUACUUACGGAGGAGGUAGAUAGGCAACAAAAAUCUAGAGCAGACAACACUUUAAAAUUAGAGAAUGAUCUUAAAAAGUGUCAAAGUAGCUUCAAGGAAACAGAAAAGUCUUUAAUCGCAAGGUGUGAGCUUCUGGAGAAGGAUAAAUCUCAAUUGGAAUCAAAACUAAAAGAUCUUCUUAAGGAGUUGAAUUCCCAGAAAGAUCAUAAUGAUACUGUUUCUAAAGAGAUUGAGCGUCUAGAAAGAAGCUUAAAGAAUUGUGAGUUGCUGGAGAAGGAGAAGGACAAUCUGGAAUCAGAAAAUAAAGAUUUUAUAAAGGAAUUAGAUUUUCAGAAGAAUGAGAACAAUUUGAUGCAUGAUAAGAUUGCACGUCUGGAACUCUGUCUAGAACAAAACAAGCAAAACCAGGUUGAAACAUCGACAUACCAAAAGGUACUCGCAGAUACAACCCAAAUGUAUGAGAAGAAAAUCAGCGAGUUAAUGUCACAUUUAGAAGUGGAGCGAGAACGGGCGAGCAGUGUUGAAGAACAGUUGCAUUUAAUGAAAAAUCUACUAACUGAUCAUCAAAAGUCAAUGGAGCAACACCAACUUGAACGUGCCAAGUACCAGAAGGCACUUGCAGAAACUACUCAGAUGUAUGAGCAAAAGGUUACGGAGUUGGUAAGACAAGUGGAGAACGGGCAUUCCCGUUGUGUUGGUUUAGAAGAACACGUUAAGUCAUUAAAGGAGGCUUCAACUAGUCGCCAGACUUCUCUGCAAAUUGAAGGACAAAAUGAGAUUGCUGCUCUUAAAAUGGAACUACAAAAAGUUUCUCGGCUGCAUGAAGUAACUCUAGGUGACCUUCAAUCAGUGAAAACUGAACAUAGGAAAUUAUCAGCAGAUAAGGCUAGAUUAAGUGAUGAACUUCAAGCAGUAAGAGAAGUGCUUUCACUUGAGGAAAAACGAAGAAAGGCUGUUGAGAAAGAGCUAAGUAACAUAAAUUAUGCUGUACCUGAAAGCGAGGACGACUUUGAGGAUAAGAGACCAUCCAUGAAAGAAAAUAUCGGACGAGGAUCAAAAAAUGGCUCCCCUUUGGGACUACAUAAUUCAAACAGAUCAAGGGAGUCAAAUUCCUUUCAGAGAACUACUAUAGCUAAGAUAUGCGAAGAAGUUGGUCUUCAAAAGAUUUUGACGCUAAUGCAAUCUGCUGAUUUAGACGUUCAAACACACGCUGUGAAAGUGGUGGCAAACCUUGCUGCUGAAGAUACCAAUCAGGAGAAAAUUGUACAAGAAGGGGGUCUAGAUGCACUACUCAUCCUAUUGCGAACUUCCCAGAAUACAACUCUACUUAGGGUUGCUUCUGGAGCCAUUGCAAAUCUAGCUAUGAAUGAACUGAAUCAAGCCUUAAUAAUGGGUAAAGGAGGUGCCGCUUUACUGGCACAUACAGCAUCUAAGACAGAAGAUCCCCAAACUCUCAGGAUGGUAGCAGGAGCUAUUGCAAAUUUAUGCGGAAACGAAAAGUUACAUUUGGUGCUUACCGAACAAGGAGGCAUUAGAGCACUUUUAGGCAUGGUUAGGUCCGGAAAUAAUGAUGUCAUCGCCCAAGUUGCAAGGGGAAUCGCAAAUUUCGCUAAAUGUGAAUCUCGGGCAAUAACUCAAGGACACAAGAAAGGUCGUUCUCUUCUAAUGGAUGAUGGUGUCCUUUCGUGGUUGCUUGCAAACGCCAAUAUAGCUUCGAUAUCAACUAGGCGUCACAUUGAGCUUGCUCUAUGUCAUUUAGCACAAAAUGAGGACAAUACCAGGGAUUUUGUAACCAGCAGAGGUGUUAAACAACUUUCAAGAAUCUCGGUUGAAUCCAGCAGGGAAGAUAUUCGCGACCUGGCUAAGAAGAUACUGAGAUUAAAUCGAUCAUUUAAAGCUGAGGUGCAACAAGAAUAACACAAUGUGUAUCUGUUCAAAUCUAACAACACUAAUUCAUGUGCUCAGUUGCUCUAAUGAAUUGGCCUUUUUCCUAGAUCACUAGUGAUCUGUGAUUUACUUGGUUAUAUUAACAAUGAGUUGGAAUGAUGUUACAAUUCCAUCGUGUAAAAUCUGUACUGGCCAAUGUAUAGAACCUAUUCAUAUCUAUAUUAAUGUUACGUGUUGUACUA